AUGUCCACAUUCUUUUCUGUACAUUUUCCAUUCGUCUCUCUUUCUGUCUAUCUAUCUCAUCUAUCUAUCUAUCUAUCUAUCUAUCUAUCUAUCUAUCUAUCUAUCUAUCUAUCUAUCUAUCUAUCUGUCUGUCUGGCUGGCUGGCUGUCAGAGUGUCUGUUGACCUUUGUUCGAGUAUCUUUGUUCUCUAUCUCUCUCUCUCUUCUCUUCUCUCUCUCUCUCUCUCUUCUCUCUAUCUUUUCUUUCUUUCUCUCUUUUUCUCUCUCUCUUUCUCUUUCUUUUUUCUCUCUCGUUUUCUUUUCUUUUUCUCUCUCUCUUCUCCUCUUUCUUUCUCUUUCUUCUCUCUCUUCUUCUCUCUCUUUCUUUUUCUCUCUCAUGAUUCGAAAUAAGUUUUUUUUAUCAUUUCUUCACCAUUUUAAGGUUUUUUCACAGCAAAAACUUUCUUGUCUGACUCGUUCAUUUUUCUUUGUUUUCUUUUCUUCUUCUUCUUCUUCUUCUUCUUCUUCUUUUCUUCUUCUUCUUCUUCUUCUUCUUCUUCUUCUUCUUCUUCUUCUUCUUCUUCUUCUUCUUCAUUUCUUAUUGAACAAAAGAAAGAAGACGAUAAGUUUUUUGUUCACCGCCCUCCCCGAUUUCCUCUCUACUUCCUUAAGAAUCUUUUUAUUCUCUCUCUAUCUAUCUAUCUAUCUAUCUCUCUCUCUCUCUUUUCUCUAUCUAUCUCUCUCUAUUUAUCUAUCUAUCUAUCUCUCUCUUAUUCUAUCUCCCUCUAUCUUAUCUAUCUUUCUAUCUAUGAAAUCUAUCUAUCUAUCUAUCUCUCUCAUUAAUCUAUCUGUUUCAAAAAAAAUUAUCCCAUUCAUCUAUCUUAUCUAUCUAUCUAUCUAUCUAUCUAAAUAA